AUGAAAUUUUUACAACUAUUUGUUAUGAUAGCCACUAUACUUCUAAUAGUAUUGAUUAUAGUGGCUUCCGAGAUGCUUUGGCAGAAGAGAAAUGACUUGAAGAAGGAAGAUUUACAAAAGAACGAUGGCAAGAAGAUUCCAAAGAUCAAAGAGGAAAAUGCAGCUAGGGUUAUAUUUAGGAUAAUUGCUGGAAUAGCAUUGAUAAAGAUUAUAAAGAACUUUUUCUUUCAAAAAAAAGAUGGAGAGGGAAAGCCAAAACCACAAGAUAAAGGACUUACUCCAAGCGCUCCACCACUACCGUACCCCUAUUAUCCAGGGGAAUAUUAUCAUCACACUCUCCAAUCCAAUUUCCCUCCUUCAUCAGACUACCAAGAUAUCACAAAACAUCCAUACAUAAAUCCCAGUAGAACAUAG